CCAACUGAAGUCCAUCCAGGAAGCGUUUUGCUGAAUACUUUCAGUUGCCAUCGAGAUAUCACGAUGAGAUAGCAGUAAUGUGAUAGUUCUGUGUAAUACAAUAUGCCAGUUUUUAGAAAAAACUAAACACAUUUCGUAACGUUAAUCCUGAGUUUUUUUCCGGAGUUUGUUUUCAUGGCAUAGUUAGACAAAUAGCCAUGUGUAUCGUCAACCUUGUUGCAGAAUGGAUCAAUAGUAUAUGCAGAAUAGAUGCAGAAUAAGCGUUGUUUUGGACCAUCUGUUGUCUAAUCCAACAACUGUGUGGUUUAAUUUACCACUGAACAAACCCCAGCAGUAAACUCAUUUUAAAUAAUGUCGAAACUAGUGGGCACUGCGGGGGUCUCUGUGUUGGGCGACAAAUCUUUGGAGUUUUACCGAGAUCCAGUUGCUUUUUGUGAACAACGUAUUGAAAAGCAUGGGACGCGGAUAUUUCAAUCAAGACUUCUGAACAAACCAACUUCCUUCGUCUGUUCGGUGGAAGGGAUGAAGGAAUUACUUUGCGAGAAGUCAUCUGUGUUCCUGAAAGACCCCACUGAUGUAAUGCACAACAUGUAUGGAGACAACAUAGUGACUGCUAAUGGCGAGGAAGCCUGCUUGCUGCGCCUGUCUCUCACCAACCUUUUCACAGGAAAGUGUCUGGCCUCAGGCUCUGACCUCAUUAACAGUGUUUCUGAACGGUGCUUGAAGAACCUUUCUGCAACUGGGGAGCCUGUGUCGGUGUACCCUCUGUUUAAACGACUGGGAACAGAACUGGUGUUGGGGCUGUUCCUGAAUGUGAAACCAGAUGAGACACCAGAGCUUUUCCAAGAAAUUACAGCACUCUGUACCCUACACUGGCAUGGGAUCAUCUCAACUCCAAUCAGUGUGAAGGUUCCUCUGUGGUCCUCUGGCUUUUGCACAGCACUGGAGGCUAAAGACAAGCUCAUGGACAUCAUUAAAGACAAGCUGGAGUGUGAGAGACAGGGGUUUGUAGGUUAUCUCCGUGAUCUACCUCUCCCUGAUGCCAGUUGUGCCUCCCAGCAUCUGCUGUUGUUCAUCUCUGCUCUGAUCCCCAAAGCCCUGGCAUCCUUACUCACCUCCUUCACCCUGGUUCUGAGUGGCGCAGGCAAGAAGGAAAUUAGGAAUCGUGCGAGGGCAGACCCUGAUUACCUUUACUACAUCCUCCUGGAAGUACAGAGACUUUGGCCUCCGUUCAUUGGUGGAAGGAGAAUAGCCAAUCAACAGCAACCAGUGACCUGGGUCAACAGCAUCAAUGUAACAGUAUUUCUUCCGUCCCCUCGCCUGACCCGGGCUCGAACCAGGGACCCUUUGCACACAUCAACAACAGUCACCCACAAAGCAUCGUUACCCAUCACUCCACAAAUGCCGCAGCCUUGCGGAGCAAGGGGAACAACUACUUCAGGUCUCAGAGCGAGUGACGUCACAGAUUGAAACGCUAUUAGCGUGCAUCACCGCUAACUAGCUAGCCAUUUCACAUCAGUUACAUGUGCAUCCCAAAUGGAACCCUAUUUCUACCCUAGUAGUGACAAAUAGGGUGCCUUUUGGGACACUUUCCUUGUCAUGUGCUCUCACGGCUCCCCCUCCUUCCCUCCCUUCCUUUCUCCCUCCCUCUAUCCCGGCUGGUUGGAUGAAUAAUGGAUAACCACACGCCCAGGUUAUGAUGGGUAAUUGAUUGAGGCGGUAAACACUGAUGUUACAGUGUUGGAGUUGGGUGGAGGAGCGAAGGAGGAGCGAGGGAGGGAGGGUGAUUGUCAUGGGUGGAGGGGGGUUCGUCACGCCCUCCCCUCACCUGGGGUGAAGCAGCUCCUCCACAAUAAGAGAGAUAUAGAGAGAGAAGGGAAGGGGGCUGGACCAUUCUUUUUUUUUGGUGGGCUGGUCGAAAUUGACACACAAAAAUAUAUGUUUUUUGAAAUAAAACAAUUUAUAAAGGGCCUGUUAAGAUGUUUUUUGUAUAUAUAUUUGUGCAAUUUCGCAGUUAUAAUAAUCUAUAAUGAGCCUUUGGCUGAUCAGUGGGUAAUGGCCUGCCCCCCUACCAAGAUGUGCCGGCCUGGUUUUCUGAUAGGCUGAGCUGAGGUUAUGCAAACUCAUGUUCAAAGUCAAACACGGCAUCAGCAAAGUGACCUGCUCCGACUCUUGUCAUCAGUUAGACAGCCAAGAUCAUGGGUCGUAAAAAACAGAAGAGGUUGAGGUAGAUACUGUAUGUACAUAUCACAGGAGGAGGCUGAGGCAAGAAUGGCUAGUAACAGUGACUAAGGUUCAGGGAAGGGUAUGGCUAGUGAUGACUGUCUAUUGACACAAACGUGUGUCAAUCAAAUUUACAUCAUAAUAUUUUUUUGCUCGGACUGUGUCUCAACCCCACUGCAUCCGACUGCGUCUACAUUCGGCGUCUGCGGUGGAAAGUGGCAGAGCUACAGCGCUGUUUCAGACCAGGAGACAUCCCGAAAAUCGGUCUUCUCACAAAAACGUCUGUGGUGUCCAAAAGUUUUGGCUUACUAACUAACAUGACCACUCUAUGGAAAGAUGAGACUCUCACGAACAUGACAGGGAUAUGAACUUGAAUAUUUCCAUAAACACUCCAGCUAACUGGUCUGCACAUGCUCUGAGGACGCGGCUUGGGAUGCUGUCUAGGCCGACAGCUUUCUGAAAAUUAACACGCUUAACUGACUUACGUCGGCAAUGGAGGCGUCGAUGGCUGGCUGGCUUUCCCUUUUUAAUCCUUAAUUAUCUGGUGUCCUUGACGUCAAAUUGCGGUCCUUGUAGCCAUCCCGGAAGGGAGAGUAGCAAAGAUCAAGAGUUUGUGAUGCACGAGUAGCACCGGUGAUGUUGAUAGAAUUUGGUUUUCCUCAGAUUUCCUUAAAGUCCCCAGCUACAAAAAAAUGUGGCCUCAAGAUAUGCGGUUUCCAGUGUAGUUCCUUGAGAGACGUCGUGGUGUCUGCUUGGGGGGAAUGUACACUGCAGUGAUGAUGAGCGAAGAAAAUUAUCCCGUGAGGUAAUUUUUCCGCUCCAUUGGCCAAGGUGCAAUCACUGGAGAAUAUACUGGAUGAUCUCCAUUCGAGACUAUCCUACCAACAGGACAUUAAAAACUGUAAUAUCUUAUGUUUCACCAAGUCGUGGCUGAACAACGACACAGAUAAUAUACUGUUGGCUGGGUUUUCCGUGCAUCGGCAGGACAGAACAGCUAUGUCUGGUAAGACGAGGGGUGGGAGUGUGUGUCUAAUUGUCAAUAACAGCUGGUUCGUGAUGUCUAAUAUUGAGGAAGUCUUGAGGUAUUGCUCACCUGUGUUAGAGUACCUCUUGAUAAGCUGUAGACCACACUAUCUACCAAGUGAGUCCAUUUAUUUUCUAUUUACCACCACAAACCGAUGCUGGCACUAAGACCACCCUCAAUGAGCUGUAUAAGGCCAUAAGCAAACAAGAAAAUGAUUAUUCAGAAACACCGCUCCUAGUGGUCGGUGACUUUAAUGCAGCCAAACUCAACCUCAUUUCUACCAGCAUGUCACAUAUGCAACUAGAGGAGAAAAAAACUAGACCUGCUUUACUCCACACACAGACACAUACAAAGCUCUCCCUCGCUCUCCAUUUGGCAAAUCUGACCAUAAUUCUCUCCUCCUGAUUCCUGCUUACAAGCAAAAACUAAAGCAGGACGUACCAGUGACUCACUCAAUACAGAAGUGGUCAGAUGACGCGGAUGCUACGCUACAGGACAGUUUUGCUAGCACAGACUGGGAUAUGUUCCGGGAUUCAUCUAGUGGCAUUGAGGAGUAUACCACCUCAGUCACCGGAUUCAUCAAUAAGUGCAGCGACAACGUCGUCCCCACAGUGACUGUAUCUCAACCAGAAGCCAUGGAUUACAGGCAACAUCCGCACCGAGCUAUAGGCUAGAGCUGCCACUUUCAAAGGGCAGGACACAAAUCCAGAAGCUUAUAAGAAAUCGCGCUGUGCACUCAGAUGGAGCAUCAAACAGGCAUAGCGUCAAUACAGGACUAAAAUGUAACCCUACUACACCAGCUCUGACGCUCGUCGGAUGUGGCAGGGCUUGCAAACUAUUACGGACUACAAAGUGAAACCCAGCCGCGAGCUGCCCGGUGACGCAAGCCUACCAGACGAGCUAAAUGCCUUUUAUGCUCGCUUCGAGGCAAGAAACACUGAAGCAUGUAUGAGAGCACCAGCUGUUCUGGACGACUGUGUGAAAACGCUCUCUGUAGCCGGUGUGAGUAACGUCUUUAAAACAGAUCAACAUUCACAAGGCCGCGGGGCUAGACAGAUUACCAGGACCUGUACUCAGAGAGUGCACGGACCAACUGCCAAUUGUCUUCACUGACAUUUUAAACCUCUCCCUGCCCGAGUCUGUAAUAACUACAUGUUUCAAGCAGACCACCAUAGUCCCUGUGCCCAAGAAAGCGAAGGUAAUCUGCCUAAAUGACUACCGUAGCCAUGUGCUUUGAAAGGCUAGUCAUUGCUCACAUCAACACCAUCAUCCCGGAAACCCUAGGCCCAUUCCAAUUUACAUACUGCCCCAACAGAUCCACAGAUGACGCAAUCUCAAUUGCACUCCACACAGCCCUUCCCACCUGGACAAAAGGAACACCUAUGUGAGAAUGCUGUUAAUUGACUAGAGCUCAGCAUUCAACACCAUAGUGCCCACAAAGCUCACCACUAAGCUAAGGACCCUGGGACUAAACACCUCCCUCUACAACUGGAUCCUGGACUUCCUGAUUGGCCGCCACCAGGUGGUAAGGGUAGGCAACAACACAUCUGCCACGCUGAUCCUAAACACGGGGGCACUUCAUCGGUGCAAGCUUAGUCCUCUCCUGUACUCCCUGUUCACCCAAGACUGCAUGGCCAAGCAUGACUCUAACACUAUCAUUAAGUUUGCUGAUGACCGGCAACGAUGAGACAGCCUAUAGAGAGGAGGUCAGAGACCUGGCAGUGUGGUGCCAGGACAACAACCUCUCCCUCAAUGUGAGCAAGACAAAGGAGCUGAUUGUGGACUAAAACAAACUCACCAAGACAGUUGUGAAGAGGGCACGACAACACCUUUUCCCCCUCAGGAGACUGAAAAGAUUUGGCAUGGGUCCCCAGAUCCUCAAAAGGUUCUACAGCUGCACCAUCGAGAGCAUCCUGACCAGUUGCAUCACCGCCUGGUAUGGAAAUUGCUCGGCGUCUGACCGUAAGGCGCUACAGAGGGUUGUGCAUAUGUCCCAGUACAUCACUGGGGCCAAGCUUCCUGCCAUCCAGGACCUAUGUACUAGGCGGUGUCAGAGGAAGGCCCAAAAAAUGGUCAAAUACUCCAGUCACCCAAGUCAUAGGUACCGGAGUGACAAAUCUAGGUCCAAAAGGAUCCUUAACAGCUUCUACCCCCAAGCCAUAAGACUGCUGAACAAUUAAUCAAAUGGCCACCGGACUAUUUACAUUGACACCCUCCCCCCUUGCCCUUUGUUUUUACACUGCUACUACUUACUGUUUAUUUUCUAUGCUUAGUCACUUUAUUCCUACCUACAUGUACAAAUUACCUCGACUAACCUGUACCACCGCACAUUGACUCUGUACCGGUACCCCCUGUAUAUAGCCUUGUUAUUGUUAUUUUAUUGUGUAAUUUAAAAAAAAAAAUUUAACUUUAGUUUAUGUAGUAAAUCUUUUCUUAACUCGAUUUCUUGAACUGCAUUGUUGGAUAAGGGCUUGUAAGUAUGCAUUUCACGGUAAGGUCAACACCUGUUGUAUUCGGUGCAUGUGACAAAUACAAUUUGAUUUGAUUAUAGUUACUCCACAAUACUAACCUAAUUGACAGAGUGAAAAGAAGGAAGCCUGUACAGAGUACAAAUAUUCUAAAACAUGCAUCCUGUUUGUAUCAAGGUACUAAAGAAAUACUGCAAACAAAAAUGCUCUGAAAUCAAAGUGUUAUGUUUGGGGCAUCAUGUUAUGGGUAUGCUUGUAAUUGUUAAGGGCUGGAGAUUGUAAAUGUCACUGUAGGCACUGUAUGUGUGUGCGUGUGUGUGUGUGUGGAUAGAGACCUGUGAGUGUGCAUAUCGCCAGUGCAUGUAGAGUCACUGCAGAUAGUCCAUACAGAUAAUCUGGGUAGCCAUUGAUUAGCUAUUCAACAGUCAUCAGAGGCGCCAGACCUUACAUGGCAUCAUUAAGGUUGCGGAUUAAGAUUCCUGAGCUUUCGGAAAGACGUGAGUAAUCCUCUCAAAUGGAACGGGGGUGUGUGCAGCAGCAUUUUGAGCAUGUCCUGUUGUUGCUUGCUGGUGGAAUAUUAACUGAGGUCAGUGAGUCUCACUGUUCUCUACAAUGUACUGACUGGAGAUGAAUGUUUCCACUCUGGACAGUCAGAAAUAAUGAGGAAACACUGACAGACCAUCGCCUCUUCUUUCCUGCUCUAGCUAGGCCACUGCGUUCAUUGACUUCGCCCUGGACUCUUGGACAUCAGCACACUUUGCCUCUGUAAAGUCCUCUGCAACAAUCACUCUUGGACUCACACACUUUAUUCUGGAGCUCAUGAAAGGCUUUAUGUUUCACGUCAGCUGCUACAUCCCCUUUGUGCCAGCCUAUGAUCAGAGAAGGUCCAGACAGCAACUCUUGAAAUCCAGACCCAUCUCUGCCCAUGUUGUGUUUCUUUCCCUCAGAAACCAGAGCCCUAGCCAGCCCCAGCCCAGCCCAGGUGGGCCCAUAUGCUGCCUGCUAAUGGGGUUAUACAUAAAACAUCCUCAUCUGGCCAACUGCCUGCCUGGCUUCCUGAUAGAAGGAUGUGCAUGUCACUGGGAAUAAGGACCAGGCCUGAUGAGGGGCUGUAGUCUACUGGGGACCUGUGAUACAUUACUGUAGCUCCUUAGCUUCAAUCAGCCCUCUUUAAAAGCCAGGGAUCAUGAAUACAGACAUAUCUCUUUUCCCAGUUUUUAAAUCGUUUUCAUAGAAUCUUAUUUCCCCAGAAACUCUGCUACUGUACAAUGAUCAGUGUUCCUUUAAAAACAAACAAUGAUCAGUAUUCCGAGAAGUGUUUUGUCUAGCACUCUGCAGAGUGUGGAGACACAUUAAACAGUGUUUUUCAGA